GUGAGAAACUAGAUGGCGAUAUGGUAAAGAAUAACCUCUCCUCAAUAACAAUAAUUAAUUUUUUGAGUUGAAAUAUUUUUUGAAAAAUGUGUAGCAUUGGUGACGAUGUAUUUGAAAACGAAUCUGACAAACUCAUGCCCCUGGAAGAAACCAUACUAUCCAAAACGUGUAUUAAAUGUAGAACGGAACCUCCCUGUAUUGUGUUGAGGGACAAGGACUCUUAUUGCGAAGCUUGUUUUCUAGCUGGAACUACCCACAAAUUCAAAGCGUUACUUGGAAAAUCACGCCUCAUUCGUCCAAAGGAUAGGGUUUUAAUUUACCACAAAGUGGGGCACCCGAGUACUGCACUUUUGCAUUUCUUGAGAGCAGGAUUGGAUUUGAGCACUCCUAAAAAGCUUAGAUUCGAACCAGUUGUUUUGUUUAUUGAUGAUCAAUACCAUCUCAGCUUAGAUGAAAGAUUGGAGCUUUUGAAAGCCGUGGAACAAGAAAUAAAAUCGUUCGGUUUCAAAGGAAAUUUCGUUUCAUUUGCUGAAUAUGUUUCGAAUCCAGCUAAGAUUGAUGAACUCAUUUUAUCAAGUGACUUGCAAAUCACCCAAGAUGAUCAAAUGAAACUUUCAGCUUCAAUUACGAAAAAGUGUACAACUACCAGUAGAAAGGAUAUUGAAGAUCUGCUCAGGAGGCGGCUUUUGUUGGAUGUUGCUAAAAGUCGUAGCUGCAAGUUUAUUUUCACUCCAGAAAUAUCAGUAGAUACAGCAUCCCAACUUCUGACAAACAUUUCGCUAGGAAGAGGAUCUCAUAUUCCCAAUGACACUGGUUUUUGUGACGACAGGGACGAUGACGUAAAAAUUUUGAGACCACUGCGACUGUUCGACAUGAAGGAGUUGGUUUUAUAUAACGAAAUUAAUAAUUCAAAACCUCUCUCUAUCAGGCAACCGGAAGUUAAUCCCUAUUCCUCGGUGCAAGAUUUGAUGAAAAAAUUUGUAAGCGAUUUACAAGUCAACUUUCCUUCUACGGUUAACACUAUUCUGAAAACUGGUGACAAAUUGGCUGUAGCGGAAAGUGGUCCGCUGAAAUGUAAGAUGUGCCAGGGUAUGUUACUGAAGAAAAGUUUUCUUCUCACCUCUGAAGAUUCUACAAACUUUUCUCAUUUGGUUUCAACGAGGUCAACAGAUAACACACUUUCUAGGCAAGAUAGGUUCAGAAAUGUCAUGGACGAGUUUGACAAUGGAAUGUUCGAUAGUAGUGGCCUAUGCUAUGCUUGUUCUAAAAUUUCUGAUUAUCUCCUCUAAAAAUAAAAUUAGCAGAACGAAAUUGUU